GAGAGGCAAGGUCUAAUGCACGUCUAUAGCUAGAAGAGGCCCAUGUGGUGUGUAUCAAAACCGGGAGACAUUAUCCAACAUCUACCACGUUGAAUAAAGGAAUAUUGAUAUAUGCAGAAUAUAACCUGUUAUGAUAGUUUGUGGGGACAAUUAAGAUUCCAAAGAUGCUGAAAGAAGCAUUGGACGGCCAAGUUACAGUCGUGUACAAUGCAAUCGCUGUGUCUAUUCAGAUCCAGGUUGAGCCAGUGGGCAGGUGGUUCGAGGCCUUCCUGAAGAGGAGGAACCGGAAUGUGUCUGCCUCGUUCCAGGAGCUGGAGGAGGAGGAGGAAGAGUCUGAGGAGUCCGAGGAUGAAGAGUUCCAGCUGGAGGAGUACCCUCUGCUCAAGACACUGGACCCCAAAGACUGGAAGAAUCAGGAUCACUACGCUGUUCUAGGAUUGGCCCAUAUGAGGUGGAAAGCCACACAGAAGCAAAUCAAAGCUGCUCAUAAAGCAAUGGUGUUGAAGCAUCACCCUGACAAGCGGAAAGCUGCAGGAGAGCAGAUCAUAGAAGGAGACAACGACUACUUCACCUGUAUCACUAAAGCAAUAGAGACCCUGUCGGACCCCGUGAGGAGGAGGGCGUUCGACAGCGUGGACCCCACCUUUGAGAACACCGUGCCCUCCAAGACCGAGGCCAAGGAGAACUUCUUCCCGAGCUUCACAGCCGUGUUUGACAGGAAUGCCAGGUGGUCGAUUAAAAAGCACGUCCCAAAACUGGGAGGCUCAGACGCCACGUUUGAAGAGGUGGAUAACUUCUACUCGUUCUGGUACAACUUUGACUCCUGGAGAGAGUUCUCCUACCUAGACGAGGAGGAGAAGGAGAAGGCUGAAUGCCGUGAUGAGAGGAGGUGGAUUGAGAAACAGAAUCGAGCGUCACGAGCCCAGAGGAAGAAGGAGGAGAUGAACCGCAUCCGCGGACUAGUUGAUACGGCAUACAGCCUUGACCCGCGGAUAAAGAGGUUCAAAGACGAGGAGAAGGCCAGGAAGGAGUCUGAGAAGAAGGCCAAAGUGGAGGCCAAGAAGAGGGAGCAGGAGGAGAAGGAUAAGGCUCGGCAAGCAGAGCUGGACGCUGCUCGACUGGCCAAGGAGAAGGAAGAGGAGGAGGCCAAGCAAGCCGCCCUGCUGGUCAAGAAGGAGAAGGACGUUCAGAAGAAAGCCAUCAAGAAGGAGCGACAGAAACUCAGGACUACCUGUAAGAACUGCAACUACUUUGCCUCCAACGAGAUGGACAGUGUGAAGAUGCUGGAAGAGGUGGAGAAGCUGUGUGAUCGCCUGGAGCUGGUCAGUCUGCAGGCCCUUAAUGAGGUGCUGGGCGCUGGGAAUAAAGAUGAGAGCAAAGCAGCGCUGGAGAAACAGGUGCAGGAGGUGAACACACGGAUCCAGCGGGAGCGGGACGCUGAGGUCCAGGCCCAGCAGGCGGCCCGGGCCGCGGAGCAGGCCAGCGCAGGGGGCGGGGCGGAGAGCCGCAGCUGGAACCAGGAAGACCUGCAGCUGCUCAUCAAAGCAGUCAACCUCUUCCCCGCCGGAACCAACGCCAGAUGGGAGGUCAUUGCCAACUACAUGAACCUGCACUCCAGCAGCAGCCACAAGCGGACGGCCAAAGACGUCAUCAACAAGGCCAAGAACCUGCAGAAGCUGGACCCCCACCAGAAGGAGGAGAUCAAUAAGAAGGCCUUCGAGAAGUUCAAGAAGGAGCACACAUGUGCAGCCACUGAGGUGGACAACGCUGUGCCCUCCGAGAGAUUCGACACCCCAGCGGACUCCAGCGCCACCCCCUGGACCACGGAGGAGCAGAAGCUUCUAGAACAGGCUCUGAAGACCUUCCCCGUGAGCACGGCCGAGAGGUGGGAGAAGAUCGCCGGCGCGGUGCCCGGACGCAACAAGAAGGACUGCAUGAGGAGAUACAAGGAGCUGGUUGAGAUGGUGAAAGCCAAGAAGGCCGCUCAGGAGCAGACUGCAGGAAAGACUAAAAAAUGAAACACACAAGAUGACGAAAGACGAGGAGGAAGCAGAACACACACACGCAUCACACACCGCAGCCUCUGUUCUUUUAACAAUUAUUGUGUUGGUCUUUAUUUUAUAAUAAAAUUUAAAGUAAAUCUA